AUGAGCUUCAUGUUUGCCGAUGCUCGCAGCUUCAACAAACCUCUCCGCUCCUGGAACACUUCCGCUGUAGAGGACAUGAAUCAUAUGUUCUACAAUGCUGCCACGUUUGACCAAGCACUUGACUUGUGGAAUACAUCAAGGGUCAAAACGAUGAGCUUUAUGUUUGGCAAUGCAGAUGAGUUCAAUCAAUCGAUUGGCUCCUGGGACACAUCAUCCGUGCAGGAUAUGAGUUGUAUGUUCUGCUAUACCAAAGCGUUUGACCAACCGAUCGGGUCAUGGAAUACAUCAGCGGUGACCGACAUGAACUCAAUGUUCAAAGGUGCUGCAAGCUUCAAUCAGCCGAUUGGCUCCUGGGACACGGCAUCAGUGACAGACAUGAGUUCCAUGUUCCAACAUGCGGUGGCCUUCAAUCAACCGAUUGGCUCAUGGAAUACGGCGUCUGUGAGAUUGAUGAUUUCGAUGUUUGAAGAUGCAUAUGCCUUCGACCAGUUUCUGGGAUUCUGGAACAUUUGGUCUGUGGUGGAUCGUUUGCACAUGUUCCUGAACGCCACGUCCUUUGAUCAACCUCCCUGUAGGGCCGGACGGGCGCCUGCUGCAAACAAUCUAGGCUGUACACCUUGCCCAGCUGGGCAGUUCGCUGUGGCUGGGGCGCGCGAUUGUGAAUCAUGCCCAGCUGGUUGGAUCUCAUCGAGAAAUCGAACUGUUUGUGAACAAUGUCCAGAGUUUGAAUAUUCCACCGGCAAAUCGGAUGCAUGCAAACGAUGUAAUUUCCCACUGAUCUUGAUGCAGAAUCGUUGCGUUUGGUGGCACUUGCCCUUGAUGGCCUUUGGCAUCGUGGGCCUGGCAGUGGCUGGAAAAGUGGUCGCUUCCUUCUCGCACGCGCGGACGGCGAAGAAGGUGGAGACCAUCAUGAGUGAGCUGUAUCAAGACCUGUGGAUUCUCGGCAUCAGUUAUGCAAUGAUGUAUUCCGCCCAGCUGGAAGCGCUUGGACUCCAAGAUGCCGACGUGGCUGAGCGCGUGACGGCCAUGCGGGCAUUGCAAAGCGAACGUGCCGGUGUGAGUAUGAGAUACCUCUUGUCGGAGAGCUUCCAUCACCUGGCAACCAGCCGAACUGGCAAGGAGGACCCAAGCUUCAUGGACAUGAAGACGGCCUUUUGGUUGUCGUCGGACCCCAUCGGCCACGACGUGCGCUGUCCCCGCGACGGUCGGAUGGGUUGCGCCCUGGUGGAUUGGAUCCCUUCGGCGGAGCGCCGAGAGCAGACGCACUUUAUGUCCUGGACCUGGCAGUACUCCUUGAUGCAGGUGGAGACGUAUUCCUUGGUUUUUGUUGAACACUCUUCGGUGCGUCAGGGCGGUGUGUUCUUCUUCAUGUGUUUCUUCGUGAACAACCAGUUUCGCAUCAUUGUGGAGGAAUCGACCACUGGCAGCGCGAAUCUGGAGGACGUCUUUGAGAAUCAUCUCAAGCGCAUCGGCCGGAUGGUGGCGAUCCUGGAUACCUGGGAGCAGCCCGUGUACUUGCAGCGCAUUUGGAUCGUCUACGAGCAGUUUGUGGCCUCCACCCUGGAGAUUCAGGCGAGACGAACGCGACAGACUGGUGGACUCGUCGACUGGUUCAGUGUUUUAACAAUUGGAAAGGGAACAAUUUGA